UCUCAACAGACGUGUUCGUUUUCAGGGUAACGCAGCUGUAUUCGAUUUUAUUCGCGGUUUUAUCCACGGUGGCGUGUGUCGGCAGGGCUCCCCUCCCCCCACGCCGGCUUCUGGCUGUUUUCGGGCCUCUCUGUAAAAACGCUCCGCUCUCGAACGGGCAUGCAGCAGGAAGUGAGGGAGACCGUGGCAGGGGGCGCUGUCGAGUCGUAUAGGCCCGUCUCUGCGAUACCAUCUACCAAGAGAGAGGGGGGGGGGUGAAGGAAAAAAACCAAUUGGGUAGGUCGCUCUUUGUUUCUGUGUCGGAGAACUAAGGGACGCUGCGACCGGUGAGAAUCCAAACAUCGGGAUUUCGCCACUUGUGGGUUUUGCUGCUGCCUCGCACUCCCCGUUUCCCCUGAGAGAUGUCCACUCCUGAUCCCCCGAUGGGAGGGACACCUCGGCCCGGUCCCUCCCCAGGCCCGGGGCCGUCUCCAGGAGGCAUGAUGGGCCCGAGCCCCGGCCCCUCUCCGGGCUCGGCCCAUAGCAUGAUGGGGCCCAGCCCGGGACCCCCAGGAUCCGGACACCCCCACCCUCCACAGGGACCCUCAGGAUACCCUCAGGACAACAUGCACCAGAUGCAUAAACCCAUGGAAGCCAUGCAUGAAAAGGGAAUGCCAGACGAUCCCCGCUACAGCCAGAUGAAGGGUAUGGGCAUGAGACCAGGGGGGCACAGCGGGAUGGGACCGCCCCCAAGCCCAAUGGAUCAACAUUCCCAAGGUUACCCUUCUCCAUUGGGGGGCUCGGAGCACGCUCCCAGCCCCGUCCCGGCCAACGGACCUCCCUCUGGUCCCGGGUCUGGGCCCAUGGAGGGCGGCGGGGACCCCAAUCAGGGCAUGGUCCAGCCCAAUCGCGGCGGCCCCCAGGGCCCAGGCGGACCGCCCGGUCCAGGCGCUGGCCCCGGCGUGGCGGGCGGACCCACUCCCUUCAACCAGAACCAGCUGCACCAACUCAGGGCUCAGAUUAUGGCCUACAAGAUGCUGGCUCGCAGUCAGCCGCUUCCAGAGCACCUGCAGAUGGCCGUGCAGGGGAAGCGGCCCAUGCCCGGAAUGCAGCCGCAGCCAAUGCCCAACAUGCCCCCGACUACGGGGCCUGGGGGGGGGACCGGUUGCUGGACCGGGCCCGGCUCAGGCCAAUUACAACAGACCGCACGGUAUGGUAGGUCCAAAUAUGGCGCCUCCUGGACCUGCAGGAGUUCCCCCCGGAAUGCAAGGCCAACCUGCCAAUGGGCCCCCCAAAUCAUGGCCUGAAGGACCCAUGGUGAACGCUGCUGCCCCAUCCAACCCUCCUCAGAAGCUGAUCCCCCCCCAGCCGACCGGCAGGCCCUCCCCCGCUCCCCCCUCCGUGCCCCCGGCCGCCUCCCCGGUGAUGCCGCCCCAGACGCAGUCCCCGGGGCAGCCGGCGCAGCCCCCCCCCAUGAUGCUGCACCAGAAGCAGAACCGCAUCACGCCCAUCCAGAAGCCCCGCGGGCUGGACCCGGUGGAGAUCCUCCAGGAGAGAGAGUACAGACUGCAGGCUCGCAUCGCUCACCGCAUACAGGAGCUGGAGAACCUGCCCGGCUCCCUGGCGGGCGACCUGCGCACCAAAGCCACCAUCGAGCUCAAAGCCCUGAGGCUGCUCAACUUCCAGAGACAGCUGCGUCAGGAGGUGGUGGUCUGCAUGCGCCGCGACACCGCCCUGGAGACGGCCCUCAACGCCAAGGCCUACAAGCGCAGCAAGCGGCAGUCGCUGCGCGAGGCGCGCAUCACCGAGAAGCUGGAGAAGCAGCAGAAGAUCGAGCAGGAGCGCAAACGCCGGCAGAAGCACCAGGAAUACCUCAACAGCAUCUUGCAGCACGCCAAGGACUUCAAGGAGUACCACCGCUCCAUCACGGCCAAGAUCCAGAAAGCCACCAAAGCCGUCGCCACCUACCAUGCCAACACCGAGCGCGAGCAGAAGAAGGAGAACGAGCGCAUCGAGAAGGAGCGAAUGCGGAGGCUGAUGGCCGAGGACGAAGAGGGCUACCGUAAGCUGAUCGACCAGAAGAAAGACAAGCGUCUGGCCUACCUGCUGCAGCAGACCGACGAGUACGUGGCCAACCUCACCGAGCUGGUGCGCGCCCACAAAGCAGCGCAGGCCCUCAAAGAGAAGAAGAAGAAGAAGAAAAAGAAGAAGCCGGAGUCGGCAGAGGGCGGUGCGGCUGCAAUGGGACCUGAUGGAGAGCCGUUGGAUGAGACGAGUCAAAUGAGUGACCUGCCGGUUAAAGUCAUCCAUGUGGACAGUGGGAAGAUCCUGACCGGUGGGGACGCACCCAAGGCCGGCCAGCUGGAGACCUGGCUUGAAAUGAACCCAGGAUAUGAAGUAGCUCCGCGCUCAGACAGUGAAGACAGCGGGUCUGAGGAAGAGGAGGAGGAGGAAGAGGAAGAGGAUCAGCCUCAGCCCACCACCGCUCCAACAGAGGAGAAGAAGAAGAUCCCAGAUCCUGACAGCGAAGAGGUGUCGGAGGUGGACGUGCAGCACAUCAUUGAGCACGCCAAGCAGGACGUGGACGACGAGUACGGCAACGCGGCGUUCAACCGAGGCCUGCAGUCCUACUACGCCGUGGCUCACGCCGUCACGGAGAAGGUGGACAAGCAGUCCUCGCUGCUGGUCAACGGGCAGCUCAAGCAAUACCAGAUUAAAGGUCUGGAGUGGCUGGUGUCGCUUUACAACAACAACUUGAACGGCAUCCUCGCCGACGAGAUGGGCCUGGGGAAAACCAUCCAAACCAUCGCCCUCAUCACUUACCUCAUGGAGUACAAGCGCAUCAACGGGCCCUUCCUCAUCAUCGUCCCCCUUUCAACUUUGUCAAACUGGGUGUACGAGUUUGAUAAGUGGGCGCCGUCCGUCGUGAAGGUUUCCUACAAAGGCUCUCCGGCUGCUCGCCGAGCGUUCGUUCCAAUCCUGCGAAGCGGCAAGUUCAACGUCCUGCUCACCACCUACGAGUACAUCAUCAAAGAUAAGCAGGUCUUAGCCAAGAUCCGUUGGAAGUACAUGAUUGUGGACGAGGGUCACCGCAUGAAGAACCACCACUGUAAGCUGACGCAGGUCCUGAACACACACUACCUGGCGCCGCGGCGCCUGCUGCUCACCGGCACGCCGCUGCAGAACAAGCUGCCCGAGCUCUGGGCCCUGCUCAACUUCCUGCUGCCCACCAUCUUCAAGAGCUGCAGCACCUUCGAGCAGUGGUUCAACGCCCCCUUCGCCAUGACAGGCGAAAAGGUGCGCCGGGGGCAGGGACGGAGGGAGGGACUGACGGUGGACCUGAACGAGGAGGAGACCAUCCUGAUCAUCCGACGUUUACACAAGGUGCUUCGGCCUUUCCUGCUGCGCCGGCUGAAGAAGGAGGUGGAGGCCCAGCUGCCGGAGAAGGUGGAGUACGUCAUCAAGUGCGACAUGUCCGCCUUACAGAGGGUUCUGUACCGACACAUGCAGGCCAAGGGAGUCCUGCUCACAGACGGCUCUGAAAAGGACAAGAAGGGUAAAGGUGGCACGAAGACCCUGAUGAACACUAUCAUGCAGCUGAGGAAGAUUUGCAACCACCCUUACAUGUUCCAGCACAUCGAGGAGUCCUUCUCUGAGCAUCUGGGUUAUUCUGGUGGCAUCGUGACAGGGCCCGACCUGUACCGCGCCUCUGGGAAAUUUGAGCUGCUGGAUCGUAUCCUACCCAAGCUGAGGGCCACAAACCACAAAGUGCUGCUUUUCUGUCAAAUGACCUCACUCAUGACCAUCAUGGAGGACUACUUUGCAUAUCGCAAUUUUAAGUACCUACGUCUGGAUGGAACCACCAAAGCAGAGGACCGCGGCAUGCUGCUAAAGACUUUCAAUGACCCUGCCUCUGAGUACUUUGUGUUCCUGCUCAGUACCAGGGCAGGAGGUCUGGGCCUCAAUCUACAGUCCGCCGACACCGUCAUCAUCUUCGACAGCGACUGGAAUCCUCAUCAGGACCUGCAGGCCCAGGACCGCGCCCACCGCAUCGGCCAGCAGAACGAGGUGCGCGUGCUCCGCCUGUGCACCGUCAACAGCGUGGAGGAGAAGAUCCUGGCGGCGGCCAAGUACAAGCUGAACGUGGACCAGAAGGUCAUCCAGGCGGGCAUGUUCGACCAGAAGUCCUCCGGGUGUGAGCGCCGGGCCUUCUUGCAGGCCAUUCUGGAGCACGAGGAGCAGGACGAGGUCGGGGCUCGAGGCGGCUGCCGCACUAGGGGGGCGUGGGAUUUCAUCAAUCCGAGCUUCUCCUUUCCCCCCCCCGAUGAGGAGGACGAGGUUCCUGACGACGAGACCGUCAACCAGAUGAUCGCCAGAAGCGAGGAGGAGUUUGAGCAGUUCAUGCGGAUGGACCUGGACCGGCGCCGCGAGGAGGCCCGCAACCCCAAGCGGAAGCCCCGCCUGAUGGAGGAGGACGACCUGCCCGGCUGGAUCCUGAAAGACGACGCCGAGGUGGAGAGGCUGACCUGCGAGGAGGAGGAGGAGAAGAUGUUCGGCCGGGGGUCCCGCCAGAGGAAGGAGGUGGACUACAGCGACUCGCUCACCGAGAAACAGUGGCUGAAGGCCAUAGAAGAAGGAAAUCUGGAGGACAUAGAGGAGGAGGUGCGUCACAAAAAGACCACCAGGAAGCGGAAGAGGGACCGCGACCACGACGGCGGGCCGGCCACGCCCAGCUCCAGCAGCGGCCGCGCCCGCGACAAGGACGAGGACGUGAAGAAGGCCAAGAAGCGCGGGCGCCCCCCCGCCGAGAAGCUCUCCCCCAAUCCCCCGUCGCUCACCAAGAAGAUGAAGAAGACCGUGGACGCCGUCAUCAAAUACAAGGACGGGAACGGCCGGCAGCUGAGCGAGGUCUUCAUCCAGCUCCCGUCUCGCAAAGAGCUGCCGGAGUACUACGAGCUCAUCCGCAAGCCGGUGGACUUCCGGAAGAUCAAGGAGAGGAUCCGCAGCCACAAGUACCGCAGCCUCAACGACCUGGAGAAGGACGUGAUGCUGCUGUGUCAAAACGCCCAGACCUUCAACCUGGAGGGCUCUCUGGUGGCUCGCUCGGUGAAGGUGAAGAUCAAACUGAGCCGCAAAGAGAAGGGCGAGCGCGGCGGGAAGAGCCAGCGGCGGAGGGGCCGCGGCUCUCGGGCCAAACCAGUGGUCAGCGACGACGACAGCGAGGAGGAACAGGAGGAGGAGCGUUCGGCCAGUGGCAGCGAAGACGACUGA